AUGAACUCUAUCGAAGGUAUUGAUAUUAUCUUUCGUCCAGCUAACCAUGACUUGAGCAAGAGAUGGCUCGAUCUGGACCCCAGCACGCGGGUGCUCGAAAAGGGGUGGACGAAAGCGCCUGGGCGAAGACCCCUUCCAGAGGACUUGGUGUUUGAAAAGGACACGAGAAUCCAGCUUCGGGAUGGAGCCAAUAUCUGGGUCGACAUCUUUCGGCCUGUGUCUGCCAGUAAAGAACAUCCGAUCCCUGCACUGCUAGCUUGGAGCCCUUAUGGAAAGGAGGGAAACGGCUUCCAAAGCCUGGAUGCUGUACCAUUCCGCGCUGGCGUUCCGAAGUCAUGGACUAGCGAUCUUGAGAAGUUCGAGGCUCCUGACCCCGCAGAAUGGUGCCCAAGAGGAUACGCCAUCGUCAACGUGGACCCUCGCGGUGUUGGAGACUCGGAAGGCAAUAUAUACGGUAAUGGAACACAAGAAGGCCGAGAUGGCUACGAUACCGUGGAGUGGAUUGCUAAACAGAGCUGGUGCAAUGGUUCCGUUGGCCUUGUCGGUAACUCGUGGCUAGCAAUUUCUCAGUGGUGCGUGAAUUUCGUUAACUUUAUCCACCAACUUUCCUGA